GGAUGUAACAACUUUUGAAGAUGACUUCAUUUCAGAUGGUGCACAGAGAGUAAGAACCCAAAUCAUGUGGAGGCAGGAAACAUUGAAUCUGGAUGCCAGUCCGCGCAGGUUGUCGUCUCUCUCAACAUAUAGGUACAAUUGCUCUAAAGGUCUGGAUCAUUGAUAGCAUGAGAUUCUCGAUCUAAGUACUCAUUUAGACAGGCACCUUUGGAUGAAAGUACAAGUAGUGAGAUGACGGCCAAAAAUGUUGAUGGAAAUUUUUUGAAUUGUAGAAAAGUACGCAUACAAGAACAUCUUCAUUGAUGCAACUACAAGUGCUUCGCAUCUGCAACGAAAAAGAACUCUUGUUUACGUCCCUUGCCCUUAUGUGCAUGUCCUUCUGGGCGGUCUCUUUUCUGAGUCAGCUCAUUUUGUUAGGCAUGAUUGAAGUACAUGACCAUGGCCAUCUACGUUUUCUACUUCUAUUUCUACAGUAG